AAAAUAAUUAGGUGUUGAGCUAGACGUGUAGCUAGCAUUAGAAGUGAACUUAGCUAUGUUUAAAUGUGUUUUUUGUUGUCAUUCCAGCUCUUUUAUCAUUGUCGGAGGGAGACAUUAAAUAAGCAGCGCGAUAGUGCAGGCUGCUGCACACCCAGGCUGGUUGUAUAACGGGGAUUCACCUCAGCUGAACUUGACGCAUCGGGUACAUCGGCGGCGCAGGACGCACGGCGCAGUCUGCAGCCUGUGUGUCCCCAUUGAACCGAGCUGAAUGGCCGGCGAGAGAGACGCAGAGAGGGGGGAACAACUCUUUCGUGGCCCGGUAGCCGUUCUCGGAGAUUGUCUCCCAACAUAUUCGACAUGACGACAUUUUCAGCUUCUCAGCCUACAAAUAUUGUCGCAUUGUGCUUUUUAUUUUCUGCUCUUACUGGGUUCAGACACAUAAUAGAAGACGAGCCACCGUCUAGGAAAUAUAAAGCGCGCGGACUUGGACUUGGACACCUCUGAGGAAGAGACCAUCCAACUUGAACUUGACACCUAUCGCUCAGGGCAGCAGAGGACACAAGUGGAUGUGGAACCACAAGGCCUCAGAUGUUGCAAAGCAGAGAAGCUGGGUUUUCAGAGGAUCCAGUGAAAGGGGAGCAGGAGGGCGGAGCAGCAACGGGGCUUUUUCUGGGACAGAGAGGAUAUGUGGACAUACUGUGUGCAGCUACCGAAGCUUCUAACACAAUGAACGGUGGCGAUUUCGGCUCUUUACCCCGGAUAACUGAUGGCUGUGGUCCGUGUGCCAUGUACCUUAAAGACUCAGUGGACUCAUUAUUUCGGUAUGACUCUCAUUUUCCCGGUCAGACCUCAAUAUCAAGGACAAGGAAACCUGAGAGGAGGCGAGCCGACAGACCUGAAACCACCGCUGCAGCGACAGGGUGACAAGUGCAAGAGAGAUUCGGGAAGUAUUUGAUUUGUAACAAUUAAGGCAUGAAAAAAUAACAUCUCAGUUUGUAAAUACACAGUUAGACGCACAGUUCACUCUGCUCUACUCUCACAUCCAAUUGUAUUUCCUGUAAAUAUAGAAAGUAAAAGAAAAUAACAAAAAAAUAAAAUUAAAAGAGUGUUGAUAACAAACUUGUGAAUUUAAUAAAUGCAAUGAACCCUACUUACCAAAAGCUAGCACUUUGAGUUUAGGUUAAGUCAUUAAGAAAAUUAUUUUGAAUAUAGAUUAUCCAAUAAGAUUAUGAAGGUUUUUUUUUUUUUUUUUAAAGGUCAUAAUUGGCUUUUACAAUGAUUGAAAGUUUGUCAAAAUGUAAUUGAAGUUCUACCAAAAAAAUGUACCAUAGCAAUUUAAGUAAACCGUAUCCCCUGACAAAAGUGUUUUGAUAGAGAAGUAUCUGUUGUUACGGCCAUAGUGUUGAGAUAAAGAGAGAAAUAGGUGGCCUUGAUUUAAAAAGAACAUAUAUAUAAAUUAAUUAAUUACUUUUGAAUUUUUUCUGUUACUUUAAGAAUAAAAUAUCUACUUACAGUAUAUAUAAUACAGUAAUACCAGUAAAACAGUCAUAAUAUAUGAGCAGGAAGUUCAGGUUGUGUAUGUUAGACAAAAUCAACUCAAUUCAAAACACCACUUACUAACUUUUUCCAACUUUUUGGCGAACAUAUUUCAUUUUUCAGUCCUCAGAAAACAGUAGGUGUCAGUAUUGUUUUAUUACAUUAAACAGUGUUAGAAUUUUACACACAUCAUAUAUAUUAAGCCAUUUAUAAACGCACACUUUGCAGUUCAUCUGCAGUUUUGUUUCCUGUGUCUUUUACUGGGUUCCUGAAGGCUGUUUGUCGCAUUGAGCUUCUGUUCCCAACAGGUGGACAAUUGACCGAUGACACAAGUGACGCCUGCGGGAGAUAAACUGUCCUUUGGGGUGAGGUAGUAGGUUGUAUAGUUUUAGGGUCAUUCCCAAGCUGUCAGAUGACUAUACAACUUACUGUCUUUCCUGAAGCGACUGUGCUGGCAUCGUGAUCGUCAUUAUCAAAAAGGAAAAUACUACUUCACUGCAAAUGUUUGUUUUUCCCCUUUAAAUUUGGAUUGGUCUCUCACUCAAACAAUGCACUCUAUAGAAUAAUAGAGACUUUCCUCCUUUCAUAAAGUGCAUUGAUCAAAAACCAAAAUGGCCCUUUUCGAUUUCCUUUAUUAAAGUUAGACAGAAAGGAGGUAAUAUUGAGGAGCAGGUACUAAGUAGAAAGCAAUGUUAGAAAUUAUUUUAAAUUUUUCAGACAAGUCAGAUGUUGAUUUUAAGAAAUUAAUGCUACGACAAGUUUUGGGAAAAAUUUUCCUUACAUCAACAGCAAGAAGGCUAUCCAUUUUAAUUACCUGACGUAUUUCUGAAAUAUAGGCACUUUUUGGAAUUUUAAGCAGAACUUUUAAGCUUCAUUGGCUACUAAAUUGUAAAAAUUUAGGGGUCUCUUACUUCAGUUGGGCUUAUUAAAGUUUAAAAUACUUUAACAACAUGCUUCCAUCAGCUAAUACUUGAAUACUGGUUUUUCAUGUUCAGAAAUUUUAAC